AUGAACGGUCCCCUGGCUCCCAUACAAUCGCUCCAGAACGGCUCCAACUGGCAAGGAUUGGUUCCCACUUCAGAGAACUUGAACCUGCUACGAGACUUUGACUUGUCUUCGUUUUCCGAAUCCCAGCAUACUCAGCCUGACUCAGACAACUUGUCCGACGACCCGUUUGACUCGCAAGACUUGAUUGGAAUAUGUGAAAAUACGCCUAGCAAGACGAAUACUCCAGUGAAAAUCAAUGACGUUCAGAAAAAGGAUGAGGUUUUUAUGAAACAGGAGGCUCCUUCGUCGCCGCUUUUUGUUGAACCGUGUUCACUGCAACGCGUUCUGCCACCAAAGAGCUCACAGAAUAUUCAGCAACCUGGCCAAGUUAACACACAGUCUCUGCCACUGAGGAUCCUGCUACUAGGAUUGCCACAGCGUAAGAAACCAAAGCUAGAACCACAGACUAGACAGCUUAGUACAAGCGCACACGAGGAGGACUUCAUCCGGCUUCCAAAUUCAUUUUCAGACGGUUCCACAUCUGAUGCGCCAGGCCUAUACCAGCAAGGUCCUCCAAAAAGAGCACCCUUACGAGCUCCAUUGUCAAACCCUACAUUACAGUUCGCUACACAGAAACCUCUUGCUCCAUGGGAAAGAGAUGCGUUGGACUCUCAGAGCAAACUUACUGAAAAGGCAAAGAACGUUACUCCCUUCAUCUUAUCCCGUGAGCAGAAAUAUGUGAUGGAUCUUGUUCUACGAGGAGAAUCUUUAUUCUUCACUGGCUCAGCCGGUACAGGUAAGUCCAUCCUUUUAAAGAAGACGAUAAAGGCAUUAAAGGAACUUUACAAACCUGGUGAAAUUGCUGUCACGGCAUCAACAGGUUUAGCGGCUCACCAUAUUGGAGGCACGACCGUUCACAGUUUUUCGGGAAUUGGUUUAGGUACGGGAACGGUCGAGCAACUUGUGAAGAAUGUGAAGCGAAACCGUAAAGCGGCUUCUCGGUGGAAGGAUACCAAGGUUCUCAUUAUAGAUGAGGUCUCCAUGAUUGACGGAAGACUUCUCAAUAAGUUGGACUACUUGGCCCGUGAAGUACGUAGAAAACACCAUCUUCCGUUCGGAGGUAUUCAGUUGGUGUUAUCUGGUGAUUUCUUUCAAUUACCGCCCGUGAGUAAGAUCUCAUACAACGAAGAGGGCGUUGAAUUGAAGGAUGAGGCUAUUUUCGCUUUCGAGUCCGAUGCAUGGAAAGCUUGUGUUUCCACAUGCAUAGUUUUAGAGGAGGUUUUCCGUCAAAAGGGUGAUCAAAAGUUCAUUGAUAUGCUUAAUGAUAUGAGAAGUGGGCUUGUGACACCAGAGUCAGAAGUUGAGUUUGCUCGUUUAUCAAGGCCACUUUCUUGUCCCGCUGGAAUUGUUCCCGCAGAACUUUAUGCUACUAGAAACGAAGUUGACCGGGCUAAUAAUCUCCAGCUCUCACGGUUACAAGGUGAUGCAUAUCUCUAUGAGGCUAUCGACAGCGGUGAGCUUCCGCCAAAGAUCAAGUCAGCGUUACUUGCCAACUUUUUAGCACCUCCAAGAUUGCACUUGAAGAAGGGUGCCCAAGUAAUGUGUCUUAAGAACUUCGACGAAGGCCUCAUCAAUGGUUCCAUCGGAAAAGUGAUCGACUUUGUCGACCGCGAUGUUUACAUGGGUUACGAAUUGUUAAAAGAAGACACUGAAUGUUCCUACGAGGAGUAUAAGAAGAGGCUCCAAAAGAAGAACAUUCAGGCGCCGCCUUCUCCUCAAAAGAAAGGCCCUAUGAAAACAGAAGAUUAUGAACCUCAUAAUGAGAGUGCUGGUGUUAAGGCUGAAGAUAAGGUAAUCAAACAGGACAUGGAAGCAAAGCAAGAGACACUACUAGAUAAUGUUUUUGACUUCUUCUACGAAGAUGGUAAUGGUUUGAAGAAACCGGAUAUUAAACAAGAUAAACAAGCCGUGGAGACAAAGGAAGAGCCUGUCACGAUACCCGAUGAGUGCGAUCUCAGUCCAUUUGAGUAUAAUCGUCGGCGGAAACAAGAGCUCUUUGAAAGGCUUCAAACGCUGUCCAAAAAGACCAAGUACCCUCUUGUGAGAUUUACAAACCCAGAUAAUGUUACAACGCGAGAUGUACUUGUGGAGCCAGAAAGAUGGGAGCAUCUCAACGAGAAGGAAGAAGUCAUGGUUGCUCGUACCCAACUUCCCUUGAUGCUUGCAUGGGCUCUUUCUAUUCACAAGUCCCAGGGUCUUACGUUGUCUCACGUUAGAGUAAACUUGAACAGGAUUUUCGAGUAUGGCCAAGCCUAUGUCGCUCUUUCAAGAGCCGUUUCCCGUGAUUCCCUUCAAGUCAUCAACUUCAGGCGAGACCUUAUUAGGUCGAGUUUGAUCGUGAAGGACUUCUACGGUUCGCUCAUGACAGCCAAUGAGCAUAGAAAGCUUAACAGUUAG